AUGUUCGCGGUUGCUCUUCUGCCGCUGGUGGCGGCUCUGGGAGGAAAGCCGUUCGUUGGAGUUCGACAGAACGUCACCGGGAAGAACUACGCUCUCAUUUCUCUCUGUGAUGACAUCCCACUGAAGCCUUCUACUAUAAACGUUUCUCUGGUGCUGAAAUCGGAGGAUUUUGAACACACUAUUCACUUCCGGCACAGUAAAGAGCCUAUAUUGGUGAGUAAUAUUUUUGUAGAAAAUGAUAAGGAUUUUUGCCGUUGGUUCAACCACAUUUUUAAUUGCAUUUGGAUGAAAUGUUUGAGAUUUUUUCAGCGCAAUAGUUGAACAGGAAAAGAGAGCCUUCCUAAAUCCAUUUUUAUUCAUUUUUUCAGUUGACCGAGGAAGUUUCCCCAAAUGUUUCUGAACUUUUUCUCACCGCCGAAGCGUCGCCGGAAGUUUACAGCAUACAGAAGGUCACUGUGAGGAUUGGCGCCGUGUGAGUUCUGAAGUUUUUUUUCAGAAUUCUCAAAAAUCUGAAAAAAUCGGUAAAAGCUCGAAAAGAAAUGGGUGAAAUUCAAACAUGAUCGAGAUUUUUGUGAAUUUUUGAACUUUUUCGAAAUUUCAAGCGAGGGUUUUUGAAGAGAACACUAUACUCUGAUAAUAUCUUAGUUUUGUUAAAUAAAAACAGGACAAAAUCAAAUUAGAUUUCUUAUACAGUCCGUCCGCCGCGACUUUUCGCGUGCCUGCGUCUCUCUGUUCCCUCACCGGCGAGUCAGAGAAAAAUGGAAAAAUCACGUAAACAUGAGAGAGACGUCGAGAGAUAAGAGGGCGCAGAGAAAUCCCACUCUUUCAAGUCGCGAAAAACGGACUAUACUCUCAACUUCAAAAUCUUGCUAGAACUCCCUAAAUUCCUGUUGAAAUGUCCCGUUUCCCCGAACCAAGAAACUGAACAUCUACUUUUCCAGUUCUUUUCCAGGACUAAAAAAAUGUAACUUGUACAAAAUCAAGCUGAAAGAGCCCAUUUUUCAGACUCUACAAGCUUCAUCUCAACCAAGAAUGCGACGAAGAGGACUACUUCAUGACGUCGCCGACGGCGCAGACCUUCUGGAGUCGCAGACUAGAAUGCGAACGGAAAGACGUCUACUGCGACGACCGUCGCGACGAGUUCCUCGGCUGCGAACCCGUCUUCGUCUACCACAUGAACUGGCGUCGCGGAGCCACUCGUCGCAAUCCAGUUUAA